GACCUGUUCAACGACGUCUCCACGAGGGCGUCGCGGGCGCCCGAGGCCGGGGACGUGCCGCUCAGGGUCGUCGCCGACGUGGAGCUGGAGCUGGACGUGGACUGCCUGGACUGGAAGCUCAGGGGCUGCGGCCAGAUCACCGGCAGGUCCGCCUGCCUGAUGAGCCGCCAGGCCGGGGACACCGCCAGCGGCGUCCCCUGCAUGUGGUGCGGGGGGCAGCGGUGCGCGAAGGAGGGAGGCGACGCCGUGCUGUGCACCCCCUUCGGCGGCACCGUGGACGGCGCGAACGCCUCCAGGGCGGCCGUGUGGGAGGUGGCGGCCUGCGACCACCGCGGCUGGCGCCACCCGGUGGCCAUCCCCGUGAAGGCGGGCGCCGCGCCCGCGCCCGCGCCCACGGCGGCACCGGCGCCCGCGCCCACGCCGGCUGCCACGCCCGCGGCCACGCCCGCGCCCACGGAGGGGCCCACGACGGGGCCCACGCCCGUGCCCACGCCUGCGCCCGCAGUGGCGGAGCCGCCGGCCGCGGGGCCCACGGAGGAGGAGGUGGCCGUGCGGCGCGCGCAGGCGCCCCACGAGACCCGCCUGCAGCUGCGCCGCGCCGGCUCGGCCCCCCCUCGGGCGCUCGAGCAGGCGGACCCGAGGGGCGGCUUCGGCUGGCGGCGGGUGCUGGCCCUGUGCGCGGUGAGCGGCGCGGUGGCUGGGCUGCUGCUCGCGGUGAUCAGCUGGAAGUCGGAGGGCAUCCGGAACCUGGGCCGCAAGGGAGGUUGCCCCAUCUCCCCCCUGGGCGGGCGCUCCGACACGGCGGAGAGCGACACGGAGUCCACGAGCUCCGGGUUCCCAGGUUCCAAGGCCGUGGAGAAGGCAAGCGCUUCACAGUGCCCUGGAGUGAUUCUCCUACACGUGGUCCCUGGUAGCUUCGACUCCGGGUUGAAGGAGCCUGUGCUGCUCAUCGUCGUUCCGAUCGUCGUGGAGGUGCCGAUAGUGGCGCCGAUCCUUUUCGCCAAGGUGUUAAAGCUGAUUGUCCUGGAGGCGUCGAUCUUCGUAGAGCGGAUGCUACCGGUCACCGUGGAGGGGCCGACGCCGAUCAUCGACGAGGUGUUGGCACAGAGCAUUUGGGAGGCGUUGGUGCCGAUUCUCGUGGACGUGCUAAGCCUCGCGGAGGUGCUGGUGCCGUUCAUCGUGAAGAUGCGGGCGCCGAUGAUCGAGGAGGUGGUGGUGCCGCCCAUCACGGGGGAUGCAAACUACGCUGCCAGGCUCAUCCAGUGGGCCGGGGAAAAAGUCAUGAUGCUGUCUGAGUUUACCGCCUCUGCACUUCCAGACAUCCUGGGCGCGGUGCCAGCCAACAGUCUCGAGGAGGCGCUGGUGCGAUACAAGCUGCUGGAGUCCGAAGCCAUCGCCGCUCUGGCCGACGCCAGGGCUGCUUCCCUGAGGGAGUCGGCAGAGUCAGCGAGCCCGCUCAGCCACAGCCCCGCGUCGCCUGCAGAUGGUGCACAGCAGAACCGGCUCAAUGCCGCCCAGAGUGCCUUGGAGCCACAGCGGCAGCCGUCGGCGGCGCGCCUGCCAAGCUUCGGCCCGGCCGACCCAGCGCGCGGCGGCAGCUUCGCCGCGCAGCCGGUGGUGACGCAGCCAGUGGUGACGCAGCCGGUGGUGACGCAGCCAGUGGUGACGGUCAUCCUGGCGGACGACGAGGCCGUCCCGACCUUCCACCUGCACAGCGAGCGCCACUCGGAGGGCGCCCGGCGACAUCGGGGCUCCAGCGUGCAGUCGACGUCCACCAUCGGCGAGGGCGCAGCCUACGUCCACGGCUGA